AACCUUGGUCAAACAUUUAGAUGCAUGUUCCCAGACAGCAAAAUUGCUCAGUCAUUUGAACUUGGGCCUACAAAAGUCCAUUAUAUCAUCAACUUUGGAAUUGCUCCAUACUUUAGAGACAUCUUGUAUGAUUCAUUGAAAAAAGUUGAAUGUUAUGUUGUCUCUUUUGACGAAAGUUUGAAUACUGUAACUCAGAACUGUGAAAUGGAUGUACUAGUAAGAUUUUUUGACCCUGUUGAUGACAAAGUUAAAAUCCGUUACUUAGACUCAAGCUUUCUUGGACAUAGUGCUCACCAAGAUUUGUUCAGCCAUUUCACGAAGACGCUUGGGAAAUUAGAUCCAAACAAAAUGUUUCAAGUAUCCAUGGAUGGACCUAGCGUUAACUUCAAAUUUUUGGAAAAAGUCCAGAAAGACCGUCUUGACAAUGAACAACAUCAACUCAUUGACAUAGGUAGCUGUGGUCUUCACACUAUUCAUGGUGCUUUCAAAAAUGCUGCAGUUUCUACUGAAUGGAACAUUAAGAAAAUACUCCAUGGUUCUUACCAAAUAUUGCACGACACACCAGCCAGAAGAGAUGAUUAUGAAAGUGUGACAUCAUCUAAUGUUUAUCCGCUAAAUUUUUGUGCUACACGGUGGGUGGAAGACAAAGUUGUAGCAGAGCGUCUCAUUGAAAUUUGGGAAAAUAUUGUGAAAAUCGUAAAGUUUUGGGAAGGUCUUCCGAAAUCAAAACGACCUGCUUCUAAGAGCUAUGGUUAUGUGAAAGAUGCUGCUAAAGACCUGCUCACACCUGCGAAAUUGAAGUUUUUCAGUUUCCUAGCUGGAAUUUUGCAACCAUUUUUGGUAAUGUACCAAACGGACAAACCAAUGGUUCCUUAUAUGUAUCAAGACUUGACCAAGCUUUUAAAGAAUUUAAUGAGAUUGAUUGUUAAGCCUGAUGUGUUAACAAAAUGUGAAUCAAUAAGUGAUUUAAAAGCUGUCAAUUUGAAUGAUAAUUCAGUGCUUAUGAAACCAAAGAAUUAUAAUUUAGGCUUUGCUACUAGAUUUGAAAUAAACGAAUUAAAAAGAAAAGAUCUAAUAACUAAUGCACAGGUGGCUAAGUUCUUUACUGAUGCUGUUAUAUUUGUUAGAUCUAUUGUUGAGAAGUUAUUCGACAAGAGUCCGUUGUCAAAAAAUGUUGUUAAAAAUUCCACUAUAUUUGAUCCCAAGGUAAUGGUUACUGAAAGCUCCUCUGUUUUGCAAACCAAACUGAGAAGCAUGUUAACAUAUCUGGUGAAGCUUAGAGUUUUAACAUCUUUUCAAUGUGACAAAAUCACUGAAGAAUUUAAUGAGUUUUCCGAUCACAAUUUGAAACUUCACAUUGAUAAAUUUCAGAGUUUUGAUAGGUUUCAAGAAGACUUAGAUGAAUUUUAUUUGGUGAUGUUGGCGUAAAAAGUUUCAAGGGAC